UUAAAGUUAGGCCGUUAUAGAUGGGCGGGUUAGCUAGCGUUGCUAAUCUUAAUAGACAUGUAAAUCUUUCAUCCACAACUCAGAUAUUUAGAUCAAAUCCUACUGGCACACUAGGUGAAUGUGUUAUAUUAGCCUGUUUGUAUGAGGCUGUAGCUAGAGUAAAUAGUUCUUAACUGUUUUCGGAAUGCAGCUAACGAUGCUAGCUGUUAACUCGGUUGAUGCUAGUGAGCCGGUGGUAAUUAAAGCUAGCUGUUUUAUGAGCGACUGUUUGGUCGGAGCGCUCAACAAGUAGCAAUAUUGAUGACUCAAUUUGUCAGGACAGUGAUGCAAGCACGUUUGAUUAAGCCUCAUCUUUGCUGACCAGGAUGAUUGAUGUUCGGGCAUGGGCAGAGUAUGUGGUGGAGUGGGCUGCCAAAGACCCCUACGGUUUCCUCACCACUGUCAUACUGGCUCUCACACCUCUCUUCAUUGCCAGUGCACUGCUGUCCUGGAAACUGGCCAAAAUGAUUGAGGCACGUGACCGGGAACAGAAGAAAAAACAGAAACGUCAGGAAAACAUAGCCAAGGCCAAGAGGACCAAGAAAGAUUGAGCCUGUGGGUAGAAUGAGGGCAUAGAAAAGGAGGAGCAACCACCACGCUCCCAGCCCUCCUUAUUCCAAAUAACUAAAUGACACAGUGCCCUUCGUUGUCCCAGCCCUACUGUCAGCACAGGGCCACUACACCUCUUAUCAGGGGUAGGAGACUGGCCCCAUAGGCCUAACAGUGCUGAGACGGACAGCACCACCCGAAGGAGACUCGUCCCAGUGGGACUUUGGUCAGCAAGAGCACGAUGGUCAUCUGUAUGAUGUAGUUAUACAGAAAUUCGCCGAUAAUAUUGUGCAGCUGUUGCAACACCUUGCAUUCCAUUGUUAGCAUCCAUGUUCCGCUGAAUUGACGAUGUAAAGACCAUACUGGAACUUAUUCCAAAAUAUCCCAAAUACUACUUUCUAAUCAAUAAAGUUUUCAUGGUUGAUAAGAAAAUCUAAUUUCCUCUUUAUGGAUUUAAUAUUGGACUGGAAAAAAUAUCACAAGUGCUUCUAAUUCAGUGCAGAUAAAAAGUAUUCAUCCCCUCAUGUUUUAUUGUAUUGUAACACUGAGCCAGAGUGUGUAAUUAGACUUUAUUUGUUGUACUCAUUUACCAAAAAGACUCUAACGUUAAACAGAAAUUAAAUAAUCACAAAUGUGGAGCUGUCCGUUGUCUUUAGUAGUUGCAUAAGUUGCAAAAACACAUCUGAGAAGAGAAUUUAGGUCAAAUACUCCUGCAUCGGCAAGGUCCCACUCCCGGUUAGUCUGUUUUGAAAAAAACCAAAAUAAAAUAAAAAGAAACAAACGGGUCAGAAGAAUUUCAAAGGCACUGAAUAUCCCUCGGCUAACAAAAAGGUCAAACAUUUAAAAAAAUGUAACAGCUGUAAAAGACCAACUUGCUGCCAAAGGGGCCUUUUUAUUAGAUAUAGACUUGAAUGAAGUGAACCAUGAUUGUUUUGGCCAGAUUUGGUUAUGUAGACAAUAUUUUGUGUUUUAUAUACUGUAUGUUCUAUUUGCAAAGAUAUGUGCUCAAUUUGGAAGUCUUUUUUAUUUUUAUUUAUUAGUAUUAAAAACUAAUUACAUUC